GAUCAAUGAUUUAUUUGAUCAGUUGAGGGGUGCCUGCGUGUUUUCUAAGAUCGAUUUGCGUUCAGGCUACCAUAAGCUGAAAAUCAAGGAGUCAGACAUACUCAAGACAGCUUUUCGUACGAGAUACGGUCAUUUCGAGUUCGUGGUUAUGCCGUUUGGCCUCAGUAAUGCCCCGACAGUAUUCAUGGACUUGAUGAACCGUGUGUUUCAUCCUUUUCUCCACCAGUUCGUUAUUGUUUUUAUCGAUGAUAUUCUUAUUUAUUCCAAGAGACAGGAGGAGCACGAGGAGCACCUGAGGGCCGUUCUUUCGACCCUUAGACGAGAGAUGUUAUAUGCAAAGUUUUCCAAGUGCGAAUUUUGGCUUCAGCGAGUGGCUUUUCUUGGCCACAUUAUUACUUCAGCAGGUAUUGAAGUUGAUCCUUCCAAGAUUGCUGCAGUCCAGAAUUGGUCAGCACCGAAUAAUCCGUCCGAGGUUCGUAGUUUUCUCGGCCUUGCAGGUUAUUAUCGCAGAUUUAUCGAAGGGUUCUCGAAGAUUGAACUCCCUUUGUCUCAGCUGACGAGGAAGUCUGUAAAAUUCGAGUGGACAGACCAUUGUGAGUCGAGUUUUCAGGAGCUGAAAAGGAGGCUUACGACGGCACCGUUGUUGACUAUACCCGAUCCUUCUCGGAGCUUCACCAUCUAUAUUGAUGCUUCGAGGAAGGGUUUGGGAUGUGUACUUAUGCAAGAUGGCCAGGUCGUUGCUUAUGCGUCACGCCAGCUCAAAACCCAUGAACAGAACUAUCCGACGCACGACUUGGAAUUAGCUGCAGUUGUUCAUGCUUUCAAGAUUUGGCGACACUAUCUAUACGGCGGUCAAUGUGAAAUCUUUACUGAUCAUAAGAGCUUGCAGUAUAUUUUUACUCAGAAGGAGCUCAAUAUGAGGCAGCGCCGUUGGUUAGAGCUCGUCAAGGAUUACGAUUGUACGAUCCAGUACCAUCCGGGAAAGGCAAAUGUUGUUGCUGAUGCCCUAAGCCGCAAGGUGAAGGGUGACUUGACGUACGUU